GUUAUCAACCAUUAGUUUUGACAGUAACAACACACGUGUAAAUUUCUUGAAGUGCCUCCACAACAAACCCGAAAUCCAUUUCUAAAAUGGACAAAAUACGGAACGGUUGGUUCAGCGAAAUUUCCGAUGAUUUGUGGCCGGGCCAGUGUUUUUCGUUGAAAGUGAAGAAAGUCUUGCAUGAAGAAGUGUCGGCAUUUCAAGAUAUCAGCAUAUUAGAAACUGAAACUCAUGGACGGGCUCUAAUUCUGGAUGGUAUCAUCCAAUGUACGGAACGGGAUGAAUUCGCUUAUCAGGAGAUGAUUUCGUUCAUUCCGUUGUGUUGCCAUCCGAAUCCGAAAAAGGUUCUCAUUAUUGGUGGCGGUGAUGGUGGUGUGGCUCGUGAAGUCGUCAAACACCCAAUGGUUGAGGAAAUUCAUCAAGUGGAAAUUGACGAUCGGGUUAUUGAAGUGGCCAAGAAAUAUCUACCCUUCAUGGCAUGCGGAUUCGAUUCGAAGAAGGUGCAUUUGACGUGUGGCGAUGGUUUCGAAUAUAUGAAGCAACGAAAGGGUGAAUUUGAUGUCAUCAUUACGGACAGUAGCGAUCCAGUGGGCCCAGCAAAGUCUCUGUUCCAGGAAUCGUAUUUUUCGCUAAUGAAGGCUGCACUGAAACCGAACGGUAUUGUGUGCUCACAAGGCGGAACAUUUUGGACAAAUUUAGAGCAUGUGAAAGAGACGUUAGACCACUGUCGUGGACAAUUUCCCGUUGCCAGUUAUGCUUACGCAUCGGUGCCAUCGUAUCCUUCCGGUCAGAUUGGUUUCGUAAUCGGAAGUUUGCAGGAAGGUGUGGACUUAGCGGAACCAGCUCACAAGUUUUCGAAUAAGGAAAUCGAUAGCAUGGGCAUGAAAUAUUAUACGACUGCUGCUCAUAGAGCUGCAUUUACACUUCCUCGGUACGCCGAAAAGUUUUUAUACGAAAACUGAAUUUUGAGUUUUGUUUUCUGUUUUACAUUGCCUAGGAGAUAAAUUUUAUAUUUUUUUUAAAUUGUCACUGGAAAUAUUCAUUUUUACAAUGUUAAAUAUACGAUAUGUAUUCCCGAAUAAAUAAAAGAACAUUUUUAUGUA